CUCGCGCUAGCUGUGGGCUAGUUCACUAGCAUCGUCGCGUGCUGCUGCUCCUACGUGUACAAGAUGGCAACUGAAGCGAAACGAUCCAAGGUAGGUGAUGGUCUCGAGGUCAGUCCGCUGCAGAACUUCCUACAGUGGUGCAACACAGUCGGUUUGGUACUCAGCAAUAAGGUGUGUGUGAGUAAAGAGGGAACAGUGGCGGAGUACGGGAUGCUGGCCAAGGACGACAUAGAGGAGGGGGAGGUUUUAUUCACCAUCCCCAGAUCAGCUCUUCUCCACCACCAAACAACCAAAGUCUCUGCCCUGCUGGAGAAAGAGAGGUCAUGUCUGGAGAGCUCGUCUGGAUGGGUCCCCCUGCUCGUGGCUCUGCUCUAUGAAUAUACAUCCUCUCAGUCCCACUGGAGACCGUACCUCUCUCUUUGGACCAAUUUCAAGACGCUGGACCACCCCAUGUUCUGGUCUAAAGAGGAGAGAGACAGACUGCUGAGGGGGACAGGUAUUCCAGAGGCUGUGGACAGAGACCUGGCUAACAUCCAGAGGGAAUACACAGACGUGGUCCUUCCCUUUAUCACCAAACAUCCUGACCUCUGGGACCCCGACACGCACACACUGGAGCUGUACACACAGCUGGUGGCCUUUGUCAUGGCCUACAGUUUCCAAGAGCCACAGGAAGAGGACGAAGAUGAUGAUGAUGAUGAUGAUGAGGAGAAGGCCCCAAACCCACCAAUGAUGGUUCCCAUGGCAGACAUGCUUAACCAUGUGUCCAAUCACAAUGCUAAUCUGGAGUUUACACCGGACAGUUUGAAGAUGGUCUGCGUGCGGCCCAUUCAUAAAGGCGAGGAGGUGUUUAACACCUACGGGCAGAUGGCCAACUGGCAGCUGCUGCAUAUGUACGGCUUCACCGAACCGUAUGAAAGCAACAGCAAUGACACCGCUGACAUCCCCGUCACCAACCUUUACAAAGUUGCAACACAAGGUAUUCAGUCAGAUCUGGACCGGCAGCUGAUGGAGGAGAAGUGGGAGAUGCUGUCUGAGAUGAUGCAAGAGAAAGGAGCCUUUGUCUUCGGCAAACAGGGCUGCCUUACAGACACAGAGCUACACACAGUGCUCAAGGUGCUGUGCAUGUCAAAGGACGAGUUCUCAGAGUUCAAAGAAAAUGAAGGAUGGGAGGAAGAUGACGAGGAGGACGAGAUUUCCCUCGCUUUCUCGAACGAGGGUCUCCCAAAAUUAAAGGCCAACUGGAAAUGGCUACUUCAUGAAGCAGCCUGUCUGACUUUGAGGUCCUACGGAGACGAGGAGGAGGAGGGGAAGACAGAGGGUGUGAAGAGUGACCAGGCGCUGAUGGAGGACAAGAAGGCAUUUAAAGGACUGAGCAGCCGGCAGCAGAACGCUCUGCAGGUGCGCUGCGGACAGAAGAGCGUCCUGCACAGACUGAUGGAGCUCACCAAGUCAUGACUUCAGCUGCCGCAGUGGGCAGGAGGAGGUUUUUUAUCUCAAAGGGGAAACUGAAAUGUCUAAAAAAAAAUUUUAAAAAAAAGCACUGUCAAUAAAUGUUUGUACUGGAGACAGAUCUAUGAGUUUAAGCAGUCUUUGAUUUGCACUUCGCUCAUAGUGUUGAUAUGUAAGAUGCUUUACCAUCAUCUGUACAUGAAACAGGAAUGGAGUGCAUAAUAAGGGUUGACAGACAUUGGUUUUUCAGGACCGAUACCAAUUAGAAGUACCUAAUGAGACCGAUAACUGACAUUUGAAACCGAUAUACAUUUACAAAAAAAAUUUGAAU